AAAGUUUCGAUUUUUAUUGCUCUGUUUUUUCUUUUGUCAGGUAAAACAAAAAUGGCUUCGAUCUCUGCAACGUUGCCUUCGCCAUUGUUACUCACACAGAGAAAAUCCAAUCUCACAUCGAUUCAGAAACUACCCUUUUCUCUAAGCUCGAGCUUCUUAACGUCGAGCUUCCUUGUAGAGAAACGAAACCCUAAUAGCAGCAUCUCCCUUAUGGUGAAAGCUAGUAAAGAAAGCUCAGAAUCAUCUACUGAUCUAGACGUCGGUAGUUCGAUUCAGAAUGUUUGGAAUAACUCUGAAGAUAGGUUAGGUCUUUUUGGUUUGGGUUUUGCUGGUAUUGUAGCUCUCUGGGCAUCAGUGAACCUCAUCACGGCAAUCGACAAAUUGCCUGUUAUCUCGUCCGGAUUCGAACUAGUUGGUAUCUUGUACUCUACGUGGUUCACAUAUCGAUAUCUCUUGUUCAAACCAGACAGAGAGGAGCUUUCCAAAAUUGUCAAGAAAUCAGUAGCAAAUGUACUUGGCCAGUAAACGUUUGUGUGAUCUUUGAUUGCAAUUGUUUGUAACCAUGACAAGGGUUGUUGCUUCUAGUCCAAUAAUUACAAUAUAUUUCAUGUAUUUGAAACCUGUAAAUACUGUUUUGUGGGUUUUGGACUUUGGUUGUGAGCAAAUCAAUCAUUUCGUACAUAA